AGUCGCUCGCUUGCUCCUCGCCAGAAGCCGUGCGGAGGGAGCCGGCUCUGGGCACGCCAGGCCUGACGCGCGGGCAGCCGGGGGUCCCCAGCCGGGCGGGCAGCCCCCCCGCUCCAGCGAUGAGCGGCUCCUUUGACAAGAAGCUCUCCAGCAUCCUCACCGACCUGUCGGGCUCGCUGAGCUGCCAUGCCGCCUCCAAGGACUCCCCCACUUUGCCCGAGUCCUCCGUCACCGACCUGGGCUACUACACCGGCCAGCACGACUACUACCCGGGCCAGUCCUACAGCCAGCCCGUCGGCCACUACCCCUACCACCAGUUCAACCUCAACGGCAUCGGGGCUGCCGGCACCUACUCGCCCAAAUCCGACUACUCCUACAGCCCUUCCUACCGCCAGUACGGCCACUUCAGGGACCAGCAGCUCCCAGCCCAGGAUGCAGUGUCGGUGAAGGAGGAGCCGGAGCCCGAGGUGCGGAUGGUCAACGGGAAACCCAAGAAGAUCCGCAAGCCCCGCACCAUCUACUCCAGCUACCAGCUGGCGGCUCUGCAACGCCGCUUCCAGAAAGCCCAGUACCUGGCGCUGCCCGAGCGCGCCGAGCUGGCCGCCCAGCUGGGGCUCACCCAGACCCAGGUGAAGAUCUGGUUCCAGAACCGCCGCUCCAAGUUCAAGAAGCUCUACAAGAACGGCGAGGUGCCGCUGGAGCACAGCCCCAACAACAGCGACUCCAUGGCCUGCAACUCUCCCCCUUCCCCGGCCGUCUGGGACAGUAACUCGCACGGCAGCGCGCCGGGCCGGACCCCGCUCCCACAGCCGCUCCCCUACAGCUCUUCGCCCGGCUUCCUGGAGGAGCACAACCCCUGGUACCACCCGCAGACCCUCAGCGGACCCCACUUACCCCACCAGCCGCCGCCGGCCGCCACGAUGCAUCACACCUCCCCGGGGCCGCCCCCCAACCCUGGCGCAGUCUACUAAGAGUGCGGCGUGGGAAAGGGAACAAGAGACAGUGGCAGGACUCCUUUUCCUUCCUUUUUUUUCCCCCCACUUUUUUUUUCUUCCUUUUUUUUUUUUUAAAAAAAAAAAAAGUGUUUUCAGGACACACAUGUACACACACCCCUAUAUAUACACUUAUAUAUCCUAUACUCUCAUCUCAGGAACAACAGGACCGCAAAGGGUUAAACUCGUUAGCUCCACGCCAAGGGAAAGCAAGGAAAAGGGGGCGAAUCCUUCUCAUGCAUUUUUCUUUUUCCAUCACCCCCUGACAGCAACGGCCCCCCGGAAGCCGCGUUUUUCCCCACCGGCCAUGGUGCCCCCCCUGGGGCGAGCUGUUUUGGGGGCGACUGCUCCGUGCCGGGGUCCCCGAGGAACACCCGGAGCCCUGCUUGGGAUGGAAACACGGGGACCAAAGCCAUGGUGAGGAGGAGGAAGAGGCGAGACGGCUGCGGGGUGCCCGUCGGAGUCGAGGGCAUGGGACGCGUUUCGCCUUCGCAGCACCCAAAAUCCAGUGCCGAGCGGGGACCGGCACCGGUCUGCGGGACCGUGGGUGUCCCAUGGGUGCCAGCCGGCACCCCCAGCCCGGCCAGGGCUGCGGAGCCACGGCAGCUUCACGGGGAUCACCCAGGACAAUGCUCAGACAACGAGGUGGUUAUUUAAAAAUUUAAAAAAAUAAAAAUAAAAAUGGGGGGGGGGAAUAUUUUAAUAUUUAAACUGUUCAGGAAUGGCUUAAGUUAUUUUUUAAAGAGAAAAAUGUGCUAGUGUCUGUUUUCUAACAGUGCCUCCAUCUGUCAUUUAAGCUAACGGCAAAGCAGAAUGCCUAUUUUUUAAAUAAGUCGACAACACAUUUAAAAAAAAACAAAAAAACUCUUUACUAUUUUUUAAGAGAGUGAUGCUAUUUUUUUAAAAGCAGAAAGUGCAGUUUUAAGAAGUGUUCAUAUGUGUUGUACAGUCCCGAGGAUCUUAUUUAUGUUGCCUUAUAUAAAUAGGGGUGUAUGGGGGAAAAAAGAGAGUGUACAUAAGGUUCGUUUGUAUAAAGUUGAUC